AUGACUGACAACUGGAAGCAAGCACGUAAGAGUAAAGCGCAAAACUUGAAUUUGACCAGUGCCUACAGUUUUCAAAUCAAACGCCCAGAUUCUCUUGUAACUAUAGUAUCUGAUGAUGCAUCUCGUGGUAUCAGUUUUGACGAGAUCAGCGAGGAUUUAUUGAGGGUAAUAUACUUAAUGGAGAACGAGAAAUCCCCAGCCACUAUUAAGAGCAUUAAAACUAUAUUGAAAAAAAUCCCAGCGACAUAUGCUCAUUUUAUACCAACCUGGACGGACAAAAAUGAUAUGGAUCUGCUUCACCAUGUAAUUAUAAAUAACUGCCCUGAGAUUGUUCAUUUUUUGCUGGCUGAAUGCAACUGGUUCCCAGUAACCUACAUGCCUGAAGCCAAUCCAUACGCGCAUCUUGCUGCCAUAUUUGGGCACAAAGAAUGUCUGCGUCAACUUCUGAACUACAGACCCAACGAUUAUUUUACUGCAUCUAAACAUAUUCUGAAACUGCCAUCCACUAUUCGUAAAAAAACUAAAUUUAAUGAAACGACGAACAAAGGUGUGAAAAAGCAAAUAAACAAACUCCUGGGGAAAAUACAGUCCAGUGAAAACAUUGUUGAGAUGACCCUUUUACAGGAUCAAACAGAGCUCGGCAAUAUAACCGACGUAAGCAAUACACUAGCAGAUGAAUUCAAAGCACUAGAAGGUGACCGGAAACUUCAUUCUCGUGGUAUCAGACGAUUAAAAAACGCACAGUAUAGUCGCAAACUGAGCACAGCAGGUAGUAGAAGUCGAAAACAUGAAAAGGUCACAUUUGCUACUUCAGUCAGCGACAAAAGACACACCGCUAAGGACUUUAGCGACAUUGCAAAGUUCCAGAUCAGUGAUCGGGGUAAAGAUGACAAAGAUGCAAAAUAUCAAAAACUGCCUUUGGGUACAGCAAACAAGAAACACAUUAUCUCUGUUUACUGUGAUGAAUUUUCUGAAGCCCCACAGGGUGUUGUUAAAGGGGCGGGACAACAGGUACUUAUCAAAUAUUAUGGAGGAAUGACGAAAUUGAAACAUGAAAGUGCUCAGCCGCCUGGGACACUGGACAUAAAGAGAAAUACCAGCAUAAUGCCUUCUAUAUCAACUCAAAGAAACACAUCCAAACUGGUAACGGAAGAAAAAACAUCAGCAACAGUGGAACAACGCAAUGCCAGGGUAGAUUCAGCGUUUCCGAAAAUCGUGGAAGCUGGCGUGAGGGGUAAGGGCAAAUACAAAGACUUCCAGUUGAAAAUUGAGUCUCGCAAAAUAUAUCCAAAAGAUCAAUCCAAAAGUCUGCGUAAUAAAACGCCUCUUUCCCUGGCCGCUGAGUAUGGCCAUUUAGAAUGUGUGCAGAUGAUCUUGGAAACCCACAUCCUACGGAAUCAUCCCACAAUCGCAGUAAAAGAACCGUUGACACUGGCAACUAAAGCGAAAAGUCCUGAUGCUAUACUAUUUCUAAUGAAUCAGAGAAUCUCUAUCCCGGAUUACCAAAGCGCCGUACUGACAGCGAUCCGUGACAUGUACCCGGAUUGCCUAACGGCAUUGCUGGCCCAAAAAUCGAAAGAAAGACAUUCGCUGUUUGAUGGCGUCAAUUUAUAUCACAUUCUCUAUACCCAGACUUUGAUGUCUGAUUACCGUUUUGAGAUGCUACCUGUAAUGACAAACGUGCUUAUUAGUAGCGGUGAAGAUGUCAAUGCUCACAAUGUCUACUGUACCUUCCCCAUCUACACACUGAUCAACUGUGCCUUCAAUAUUUCUAUUGGAAAGCAAAUUUUCUUUUAUAUAAACUGCUUGAAAAUGUUGUUAGAGAACAAAGCGAACUGUCAUUACGAUGAAGUUAAAGAUCAAAAGUUAUCUUCUCAAGGUCAGUCGUUUUCAAGAAGUUCAUACUCUUCUGCAAUAAACUGCAUUUUAGAAAAUGCAGUAAAUUCCACGAAUUAUUUUGAAAACACACGAAGCUCUAAAAUAUUUAUGAAAAAACUCAUUUCUACAGUGACAGCUUGUGACAGAACAAACAGACGCAUUCUCAAUGACAUUCUCUUUAACUACAUGGAUACAGUAUGUUUACUGGGUAUUGACCGCUACAUCGUGAAAUGCUUGCUUCGUUACGGCUCCAAUCCUGACUUUUGCCUAGCUAAAAAGUACGCAAUAAACGCCUACUUCGACAAUAUUCUUCCGUAUCUGUCCAGGUUUGAAGUGAAUCCUAACAGUGCAGAUGAUCAGGACAUCAACGCCCUGUUGCUGCUGUGUCGUGGCAUGAGCUACCGAUGCCUGAAAGAGGCACAGUUAAUAUUUCUCAACGAGAAUCUCAUGCAGUGCCCAAUUCAGGCCUUGCCGCUCUUUCGUUAUUUCUCCUACGGACUGAACGAGUUGCUGAGGUCGCCGCGUCCUUUAUUAGAAAUUUUGGGACAUUUCAUGUGGCUAAGAUUUCGCAGAAAUGAGAAGAAAGUGAAGGCCCUGCCGUUACCAGAUGAGAUCAUUGCUUUUAUUUUGCCUUAG